AUGUUAGAAAGACAAGCUUCCAAAACUAAAUCAGCAGGUGGUUCCAGAAGGUCAUCAUCUGUUAGAAGUCGUUCACAGAGUGGUGUUGAUUCCAAUAACCUUCUAAAUCACACAUUAAAAAUACAAGAUUGGUUAAAUGAGAAAACAGUCAAAGAUCUGCAGGAAAAAGCUGAUGUAGAAUCUAGAUCAGUAAGAAAACUCUAUACACCUUUGUUAGAUACAGAAGAGACUUUUGUCAAGGAUGUCGAUGAUUUUAUCAGUCAUAAAAAGAUGUUAGAUUUAAGAAAAAAAGAAAUGUUACAUAAACAGUGGACAGAAAGAGUCUAUGAACCAUUACGACAUAAAAUUGUUCAAGUUAUGGAAGGCCAUGAUUUUAUGGAUGCUGAUAGAAGGAAGAGAGAAAUGCACAAACAAUAUCUGGAAUUUGUAAAUAAAAAGGGUCAUGUGUUUUUAGAUACAAUAGACUCUAAGAUUUAUUAUGCACAAGCUUUAAAUGGACAUAGACCAGCACCAUUAAUGAUUGAAACAAAACCAUUACGAGAUCCCCUUACUUCACAAAGUCGUUCUAGAACAGAAGAAGAACGAACUAUAUUAAGAUGUACAACUGGUGUCCGAUAUACUGAUAAUGAUAUCAAACAAGUUCAGCUUCCAGCAUUACCCAUGGCACCUCUUGGUCGUCAUGGUACCAAUAGUCAUACUUGGUUAGAAAUGCCAUUAAGAGAUAUUGAAAGUCAACCUAGAAAAUCUAGCCAGUAA